AUGCCUUCCACGCACGAAAAAGAAAAGCCGUGGGACACGGAUGACAUUGACAAGUGGAAGAUUGAAACCUUCACCCCAAAGGACAACACAGGAGGCACUUUUAGCGAAGAGUCCUCUUUCGUCACGCUGUUUCCCAAGUACCGCGAAGUCUACUUGAAAGAGGCCUGGCCUCUGGUCACCAAGUCUCUGGAGAAACACGGGAUUGCCUGCACCCUGGACCUGGUCGAGGGCGCCAUGACGGUCAAGACAACCAGAAAGACGUUUGACCCCGCGGCCAUUCUAAACGCCCGCGACCUCAUCAAACUCCUGGCCCGAAGCGUCCCCGCCCCCCAAGCCGUCAAGAUCCUCGACGACGGCGUAGCGUGCGAUGUCAUCAAGAUCCGAAACUUGGUGGGCAGCAAAGACCGGUUCGUGAAGCGACGGCAGAGAAUACUGGGACCCAACGGCUCGACCUUGAAGGCGCUCGAGCUCCUGACGGAAACGUACAUUCUCGUUCACGGAAACACCGUCUGUGCCAUGGGUGGCUACAAGGGCCUCAAGGAGAUUCGGAGAAUCGUGGAGGACUGCAUGAACAACGUGCACCCAAUCUACCACAUCAAGGAGCUGAUGAUCAAGAAGGAGCUCUCCAAGGACCCGGAGCUUGCCAACGAAAGCUGGGACCGGUUCCUGCCCAACUUCAAGAGGAAGACGCUCAGCCGCCGUCGCGUUCCCCACAAGGUCACCGACAAGGCCAAGAAGGUGUACACGCCGUUCCCGCCUGCGCCCGAGAAGAGCAAGGUCGACAAGCAGAUUGAGAGCGGAGAGUACUUUUUGGGCAAGCAGGCCAAGGAGAGGGCGGUCAAGGAAGAGCGCAAGGAGAAGCAACAGCUGCGAAAGGAGGAGAAGGCAAAGGAGAGAGAGGCCGAGUUUAUACCUCCAGAGGAGGACAGGCCAAAGAAGAAGCGAAAGAAGUCUUCAGAGUAA